AACCGAGUGAAACUACCCAACGGACCGUCAGUCACGUUGAGGGUCAAAUGUUUUGAGGAUGAGCAGAUAGAGUCAUCGAAAUGUCAAGUUUCUCCAGAUCUGCCCAGCAAUGGGCGACCUUCGCUCGUUCCUGGUUCCUGAUUGAUGCCAGGAUGCAGCCUCCUGGGAAAGUUGCGGCCAUGUGUUCUAUUAGAUUACAGGGCAAACACAAGCCUAUCUACCAUGCACUCAGUGACAUUGGUGACCAUGUAGUAGUAAUAAACACCAAACACAUCGCGUUCUCUGGAAACAAAUGGGAGCAGAAAGUCUACUCAUCACACACGGGGUAUCCAGGUGGAUUCAAACAAGUCACAGCUGCCCAGCUGCACCAAAAAGACCCAAAAGCUAUUGUGAAGCUAGCAGUUUAUGGCAUGCUGCCUAGGAAUCUGCACCGGCGCACCAUGAUGCAGCGAUUACACAUCUUUCCUGAGGAUGAACUGCCAGACAACAUCCGAGCCAACCUGACAGAGGAGCUGCCUCAGCCCAGAGAAAUCCCCAGGAAACUCAGCGAGUACACGCAGGAGGAGAUUGACGCCUUCCCCAAGCUGUGGACACCACCCGAAGACUACAAGAUGAAAUGAAAUCAAGGCUGCCCGACGUGACCAAAGAUGAAAAGGUUUUUUUCACAUCAACGCUACACUGAAAGCAACAGAUUCCUCGAUUAUAUUAUGAUACCUGACGUAUUGUAAAAAUCAGAGGCCUUUUUAUUGGAUUUGCUCUGAGAUGUUAUCUGUUUCAAAGCACGCAAAACUGAUUCUCUCUGAAAAAACAAAACAAAAACAAAGUCAGAUUGUGUGCAAAUCCAAUAACCAGCACUGGCAUCGAGGCCUGACUGGAGUCAUAACCUUGAUGCCAGCAUCA